AUGUUGAACGCAAUAAACGGUGUAGAGGUGACCACAUCGAAAGCGAAUUGUGAGUACAUUCGAAAGAUAAGUCGCGAGCAUACAGCCAGUAUGUCAGUACUGUCAACCCCGUCCACACCCCGCUCGAUACGGCACUAUCAUCGAGGCAAUGGACCGCUCCGAGGUGGUGGCCUCCAAAAAGUGUACACUCAUGCACCGGUUAGUUCUUAA